GGAGGUGAAUGGAGGGCAUGCAUUGCAAUCUGCAGCGGUCGCAAGGCUCACUUCAAAGGAACGUUCAGAUUGAAUUUAGAAGAGAUGCUUCCUGCAAGAAUUGUAGUCACUGAUUGCUUUCUGCGAAGGAGGUUGAAAGCUUGGCUUAACCUGCCAUAGCGGUGGUGAUUCCUUCUGCAGGAUAUCAAAGGCGCUCCUGCAAUUGCCCCCUAAAUCCCUUCGAAUGUUCGGCAUUUGCCGGUCAUUCAAUCAUAAGUUGUAUUAAAGAUCAAAACUGCACCAUGGUCACUGAGAGUGAGGAUCAGAUCCCUGAGGAGACCGAGGGCGGGGGAAUUGACGAAAUUCCUUUCCGCCAAUUGGCCGACAAGACACUUCUGUCUCCAGUGCUGAUUGCGUCAUGGAGCCCCACCAUGGACUUGCUUGCGAUGGCCACCGCCGAUGGCCAGCUGAUGGUACACCGGCUCAACUGGCAGAGGCUCUGGACUGUGACCCCAGCCCAUGCGGUGACCGCGCUUUGCUGGCAACCAAACGGGAAAGUUCUGGCGGCAGGACGGGAGGACGGCGGGGUUGUGCUGUAUGACGUGGAGACCGGCGAGGUGCAUCGCCAGCUGGCGGAGCACAGCGCCGCCGUCACCUGCAUGGAGUGGGUGGAGGAGGACGCUGAAGUGGGGGCCUCCCCAGACAGCGUCUUCAGCUACACCGACCGCACCGCCCGCUUCUUCCCCCUCUGCCCCCCCCCUCCCCAAGGCCCCGAAUCCACCCCCCUGGCCGCAUUUGACGUCACUGCCAGCAGCGAGCCCGGCGCCGCCCCUGCUGACAAGGCCUCCGGCAGCCUUUCGUCAAGAUUGAGCAUCCUGAGUAGCGCCGACAGUCAGGGGCUGGUCUGCUUACAGGCUCUGGGGGCGUUCCUGAUCGGGAAGGUGAACCUGAGGGAGGUCGAGUUUCAGGAGCCGAUGGAACCGGGGAAGUUCACCGGGGUGCUGCCGCAAAAGAUGCGCGACGCGGAGGUCGUCAAGACCAGCCUUUCUUCCGACCUUCGCCACCUGUCCAUCGUCGCCCGGGGAACUUUCGGCGUUGUCCCGGUCACUCCUCCCGGGCGGCUCAAGUCUCGAAGCGCCCCUGCUCCGAAGCCGGUACAGGGCCCCCCGGGGCUGUAUAUGUUGUCGGUGGAUGCGGGGCUGCUGGGGGAUCGGAAGAACGAGCUGUUGCAGGUCGCCAUCCAGGCCUCCAGUAUCACGACUCUCGUCGACACCGCGCAGCAAACCCUCGACGCCAUGAUCAAGCAGUGGGAAGGCGCGUACGGCGACUGGAAGAAGCGCAUCGUCGAACUGAUCCAGAUUCUAAACAAGCAAGAACGGGAGGGGUUUGAAGCAAACCCCCGGGACGAGUUUCUGGCGCUGCUGUCGUGCGGGCUGGCAACGGCGGGGCUGCACCAGUUCCUGACGGGGGCGAUGGGCGAGCAGGGGGUCAAGCGCCUCGCGAGGACCAUGGACGUCGCGUGUGCAAACAUCCACGCACUUGCGGCCGAGACGCUUCAACCGGUCCUUGAAGUGCUGACGUUCCGGUUGGGCGAGCUGCGCGGCCUUGCCCGGUGGAAGGCCCGCCUGGGGCCCCUCGGUGUGAAUGAGCUCGCGCUGAACGAGCCGCUCGAGUACGCGAAGCAGACCAUGGUGCACACGGAGCGGCUGCUGCGGAAGACGGCGACCAUGUGCGGGGAGUACCGCGUCUUCUUCACGUGGCUCCUCCGCUGCAUCAAGACGCUCAACCAGGAGCCCCUCCCCGCGCCCACUGCCAACGACGCCCUGCCCCCCGUCAGCACCGAAGCGGUCGCCGACUUUCUGCAGCCCAAGUUCGACUGGGACCCUUUGGCUGAUCUGCUCAGCCGAAAAGACAUGGACCCGUUACCGGCGAUGGACGAGCAAGGAAAGGAGUUGAUGCAAGGGUUGGCGGCCAUGGGGGGUUUCCAGGAUUACAUGUUCCUGCACAACAGCUUGCGACAACAGCUGCAACGACUAAGGCACGGGUGCGACGUCGCUCUAUCCCUCCCGUGCAAGGUCACCUCGUCCGCUCUCCGCAUCACAAGCACGGUCCUUCUCUGCCCGUCCCCCUCCGGAGCUUCUGACCCCGCAAAGAGGCCCAUGCUGACGUCAGCCUUCGUGAAAGCGCCGGCGGCGCGUGCCGACUCCAACGCGGAGGCGUCGACGGGCAUGGAAGAGGACGAGGAGAUGGGGAAGGGACCCUGGGAGUACUGGUGCUUGAAGCCAGGAGCGAACGCCGGUGACGCCGCUUCGUCAUGCGACCCCCAGCACUCUCGACCCCUGCUCGUGCUCCGGAGACGGCCACCCAGGGACGGACACGUGUCGCCCGAAGACUGGCCGGCCGCUGCCCGCGAGAUCACCCCUUUGGAUCCGGAGAGCUUCUCCUUUGACGCCAGCCCGCAAACCGACCGGCAGUGGAAAGAACUGGCGGCGCUGAAAGUCCCGGUGUGGACGCAGAAAGGAAGUCUGGUGCCGUACGAUGACCGAGCGUUCGAAGCAGUAGCGGUAGCGCUGGGGAACUGGCCGGGCAACGGAGGGAAGACGAUCGUCGAUUUGGGGUUCUACAAGGACGGCGAGAUCGCCGUUCUUGUCCGGGACGAGUCUCCGGACGCUCGGUCGUGGCUGCUGCUGCUGCCCACGGGCGACCUCCCCUUUGCUCCGGUCGGGAAUACGCUCGUGGACAAGGAACCGAUGGCGCUGCUCGCGCUCUGUUUGGAGACGGAGGCUAUUCACACCGUCGACUGGGGUGAAGGCAAGCUGAGAGAGCUGUCGCUGCAUGCCGCCAUCACGCCCCUAGCCGUCAGCGGAAAGCGUGGCGUCGCUUGCGUAUCUGCUGGACAUCGGCGCAUUCUACUGUACGACUUGGAGGAUUCCGAGAGCAACGAAGACGAGAUCUGAAACCUAUGUGGCAAGUGCUAGAUAGUAAACAGCCGGACAAUUGCCGAGCCACAAAUGUCUUCACUGGAAUCGCAGUACUAGAUGACUCGAGCAUUGAAACAUGCAAGAAUCUGCGCCAUGACCAUUUUAUAUAUCUGAGCA